AGCUCAUGCUAUGUGGUAUGCAGGAGAUCGACAUGAAUGACUGGCAAAAGAAUACAAUCUAUCGGCACUACACAAAAAACAGCAAGCAGGUCCAGUGGUUCUGGCAGGUGGUGAAAGAAAUGGACAACGAGAAGCGGAUCAGAUUGCUGCAGUUUGUGACGGGAACCUGCCGCCUUCCCGUGGGCGGAUUCUCAGAGCUCAUAGGAAGUAAUGGACACCAGAAGUUUUGCAUUGAUAAAGUUGGCAAAGACACUUGGCUGCCCCGGAGUCACACCUGCUUCAACAGACUGGACCUGCCUCCUUACAAAAGCUACGAACAGCUGAAAGAAAAGCUCCUUUUUGCCAUUGAGGAAACGGAAGGGUUUGGC